AUGCGUAAUUUAUUGUGGGACGAGGAACAAGCACCUGCUUAUACUUCCUAUGGAAGUUUUGCAACAUACCCCGGUUCUCGACCCGAUCGCACAUUGGCACGGAAAUGGGAGUCCGAACAUGCACAUAAACAAGUUCAUUUCCAUCAGCCGACUUUUUUGGACUAUGGGUCUGUACAUGGUUCUAUACACGGGACUGUCAACGGGACUAUAACUGGUGGAUCAUUCAUUGUUGGAUCAAAAAGAGAAUAUGAAGAGGAUGAUUUUGAAUAUCGAAUCGAGCCAAAUCAAAUAAAACGUACGAGAUCGGAGCGCCAACGAACUCCUGAAGAUAAGAUACGUCCGUCUUUCUUUCCUUUAAGAGUUGAGCAACAUGCAACAGCCACAUUAUUGAAUCAAAUUAAUACCAUACAGGAAUUAUGGGCACGACAACAAUCACAAAUUAAACCUCAAACAGUAUUAGUCGAUGUCGAGGAAUCAGUUUUAGAUGAUGCCGAGGAAUCGGUUUUAGAAGAUAAUUACUAUUUCAUUGAUAAAGAGGAAGUUAAGGGGUACGAUUUUACUGAGCAUGAGGAAAUAAGGAAUCUGAACUCCGAAAAUGUGUCAAUUCGGAAUACUUUGCUUGAAAUACUCUAUCAAUGCCGAUCCAAAGAUCUUGAAUCAGGCAAGACGAUUAUGAAUUCGAUUUUUUUGAACGGAAUAAUAGAUAUGACAGAUGCUGGUGUGAAGCAAAGUGUACGAUCUAAGUUGAAUAAAGAACAAAAAUCAUGGCUUGAUCGAAAACUAGAAAAGCAAGCUUGGGAUCAAACCACUGUGUUCAAGGAUUAUUGUAGUCAGUUCACAGAAGAUAAAUGCGAUCGAGUUCAAAUCCCCACUCUCGUGCGAAAGUCUUAUAUUGUGGGUUAUUGCUUAUGUGAAGUUAAUGAUUCAAUUAUGAAUAGUUCGGAACGUUUGGAAGCUCCAAUAAACUCUGAGUCAAAUGCAUCAAGCCUUGAAAGAACAUAUUCAAUUGAUACAACCAUAUAUAUCAUGAACAGACUCUUCAGAAUGCACCAAGAUGUGCUGGAUUGGAAUUGGAUGGAAAUACUCACUAUAGUUACAACAUCAGCAA